AGUGGGGGAGGGGCGCGCGAUGGAGUGGCUGCAUCAUUUCAGGGACUGACGGCCGGUUGUGUAACGUGAGAGCGAUAGACUUCAGAGGGCAUUUGUGCCUCCCGGCGGCAUCUGGUCGCUGGGCCUUGUACUAUGACCUCCACGAUAGCAGUCCUGUUCCGUCCGACGCGAAACGGAAGGCGCCUCACUGGAGCUUCCACGAGGCUUGCGUUAGGUGGUCUUAACCACUUUUCAACGAUGGAUUUCAAAUAUAAGUGCGCGAUCGAGGCACUGAACUCGCUGCAGACGAACCAAGCAUCGCUGGAGCAGCGGCGGGCAGAGCGCUACCUGCGCCCAGAACGCGGCCUCCUGCAGACGGCUGCCGGUCUGCGCCACCUCGGCCUGACGCCCGCGCACCUCGAUCAGCUCCAGGUGGUGCACGUGGCCGGCACCAAGGGCAAAGGCUCGACGUGCGCGCUGACGGAGAGCCUGCUGCGCCACCACGGCUACCGCACCGGCUUCUUCUCCUCGCCGCACCUGGUGGCCGCCCGCGAGCGCAUCAGGAUCGACGGCCGGCCCAUCUCCGAGGAGGCGUUCGCCAGCUACUUCUGGGAGGUGUACGACCGGUUGGAGCAGGCGAAGGACGACGAUGAGCCGAUGCCGAUGUACUUCAUGUUUCUGACGCUGAUGUCGCUGUACGUGUUUCUGCGCGAACAAGUGGACGUGGCCAUAGUGGAGGUGGGCAUCGGAGGAGCAUACGACAGCACCAACGUUAUCCGGUCUCCGGUGGUGUGCGGCGUGACGUACCUGGACUACGACCACACAGACAUCCUGGGCUCGCGCAUUGAGCAGAUCACCGAGCAGAAGGCGGGCAUCAUCAAGCCGAGCGCGCCCGUGUUCGUGGCACGGCAGCGGCACGCAGCCACGCUGCCCGUGCUGGCCGACAGGGCGGCCCGCUGCCAGAGCCCCCUGUACGUGGUGCCUGACCUGGACGAGUGCCGCGGUCCGGACGGCGACCGGCCCUGCCUCGGCCUGGCCGGCCAGUACCAGCGCCAGAACGCCGCUCUGGCGCUUCAGCUGGCGCGCUACUGGCGCAGCGCUAGGGGGGACGGCGCGUUUGACCCGGCGUCGGCCCCGAACAGCGAAUCGGCGCCGCUGGCCCGCGCCCAGCCCUGCCAGCUGACGCCCGUGGAGGCGCGCGCUCUGGCCGACUGCCGGUGGCCCGGCAGAUGCCAGAAGGUGCCCCGCGGCUCGGUGGCGUAUUACCUGGACGGCGCGCACACGGCCGACUCCGUGCAGCUGGCCCUGCGCUGGUUCCAGUCGGAGGCGGCCAGAGACGCGGACAGCAGCGGGGUCUCUCCUCGGACCGUGCUGCUGUUCUACUCGACGGGAAGCCGGGAUCCGGCGUCGCUUUUGCGCCCGCUGGCGGCCGUCGCUUGGGACGAGGUUGUCUUCUGCCCCAGCGCCGUGUAUCACGUGCAGGAUGCUUCCUCCGACCAGGCCAACCGCAUGGUGACGCCCGACUCGCAGCUGUGCCGCGUCGACGCUCACUGCGCCGCCUGGCGAGAGAUGGCAGCACCGGGCGCGGCCGGCCGCCCGCGUCGCCUGACCUGCAUCAGCGAGGCGGUUAACUUCAUCGAGGAGAGCGCUGGCGUGCCCACCCAGGUUUUCACUGUGGGCUCGCUGCACCUGGUCGGCGGUCUGCUGUCCAUCAUUGACCCACACUUGUCGUCGAUGCUGCCGGCGCCGCGGCCCCGCUCCGGCGCCGGCCGACCCGAGGUCAGGCGGCACCUCAGCGCCCCCUGUCCGUAACUCUGGGGAGCGUGUCGGCACGGCUCCGUCGGUAGCUGACGUCGAGCCAACGAGCCACCAGGAGCCUUCAAAGCAAAAGUAGACGGAUCCGCGCAAAUGGUUUUAGGGCUAGAAAGAACGGCGCAUCAACAAUGCGUGACGUAGAGGGCGACAAAGGAUGACUGUGCGGGAUAGUAAGUGUACGGUGUCUCAGAAACGCAUCUGCGGGACCAGAAACCAUUGGGUAGCCAUUCCCUGGUAGCGUCUCUGGCGUGUGUGCUGCUACCUGUUCAGCGCCUGGUGUCGAGUGUUGUCGAAAGGACCGAAUGCCGCGCUGUUAUACGCGCCCCGCCCCGCUGGCCCAGUGCCUUUCGUAGUCGUGAAUAAAGACAGGGAUGUGGUGGAACCGAGGGAUGCGCACGAGGCAUUGACGUCUCGCAUCAGAUGUGUGGAGUGCGCUGGCUGUGUUUCUCUGCAGUGUCCGUCGUGUGCAAUGGUGUGCUGUGAGAGCGGGCAGCGCUGGAACGGGCUCGGCGGGAAGAGCACCGGCCGCCUGUGGGGACAGCCGGCGUUCGGGUCAUGUCGGCCGGACCUGGACGACUUCCGGCGUGCCAUGAGUAGACAGAGCGAGGGACAGAUAGGGGCGGUAUACUCGGGAUGUUUAUUUAUGGAGACAGAGGGCUGGUGACCUUUGGUUACAAGAUGUAUGGUCCGGAGAUAUGGCAGAUUGGGUUCGUGUAUGGGGUCGAAGGCAGCCUGCCUGGUAGCUCGGGACUAGUGGGACAUCAUUAUCAGAAGCGGUGUGGAUUUAGUCAGUGUCAGCGUGCAUUUCAUCUCCCAGUACAACAUGUGCCUUUUAUCACGGGGCCAAAGCCCGCCCUAUCGCCUUUUCACCUUGAAGGGUUACCGCGUUACACGCAGGCAGAAAGCGUUCUGAUUCAGGUAAUCUGGAUAAUUAUCUGCGGGCUGCUGGUCGGUGUGUCAUCCCUGGAUAAUGUGCAGUUCCUUGCGGAUGUUUAUGAGCCCGACGGAGCCAUUCGAUCAGAAGAUGAGGGACCGCUGCAGCGGGCUAGAUGCGUUUGUACCCGAUUCGAGGCUCCCAGCGAAGAUGGGAUAGCCCAGCUCACUUGGUAAUGGCAGCUUACCGAGAAUUAGGUCGUCUUCAGUAUUCGUUGCUCAAUCCUGUUUGCAAGCGUACCCACUGUGUUCUGGCUUGCAUGCUCCUGCGCUGAACCGCAGGAAUCCGAUCUGCCGUCCAUGGUUUGGUUGCCUAUUCUUCCCACCACGCUUCCCGAUCUAUCCCCUAUCCCCAGUUGUUGUCCAGUGAUUGACCCUUGUUGCAUGUCUCGCUAACUUAGGUCACCAUGGGACAUGUCAUGCCACUGCCCCCUGUUAAUAUCGUGGCCGGGCAUUGUUCUGUGAGUAUCAAAGGUCGCAGCCUCCUCCUGACGCCCCCUCCCCCUGAGCCCGUGGACCCGACCCAGUCUGCGCAGGUCGCAGCCAGCUCCUGACGCCUCCUCUCCCCUGGACCCGUGGUCUAAGCCCCGGUUGCGCAGGUCGCAGUCUAUCGAUGUCCUAGUCCCCCUUCCCGACUUUUGCCUUAGUGCUGACACGCGAAGUGCCAGCCUUGGUCAGGAAUAUUGUUUUUUUGUCGUGUCAUUGGGACAGGAACUUAGCAGCUCCCCGAGCAUACAACGGCGGAACGCCCGGUGAAUCUCACUGUACAAGCUUACGCCUUGGUAUAUUCUGUAUUGGUUUUGGUUGGCCUGCGGUGUCUGACUGCUGUGAAGGACGUGAUGCUGUCGGCCGAUACGCUGACACGUCUUCCCAUCACCUCGUGCGAUAGUGACGGGCAAUAUAUG